GGGGUGGGGUGGGGCGGGGCGGCGCGGCGGGCGCCCGGAAGAGGCGGCGGGGCGGCCAGCGCAACAGGCGGCGGCGCGGCGGGAUGGACAAGCUGAAGAAGGUGCUGAGCGGGCAGGACACCGAGGACCGCGGCGGCCUGUCCGAGGUUGUCGAGACCUCUUCCUUAAGCUGGGAUACCAGAAUAAAAGGCUUCAUUGCCUGUUUUGCUAUAGGAAUUCUCUGCUCGCUCCUGGGUACUUUUCUGCUCUGGGUGCCGAGGAAGGGACUGUACCUCUUCGCGGUGUUUUACACCUUUGGCAACAUCGCCUCCAUCGGGAGCACUGUCUUCCUCAUGGGACCAAUGAAACAGCUGAAGCGAAUGUUUGAGCCAACGCGUUUGAUUGCAACUAUCAUGGUGCUGUUGUUUUUUGCACUUACCCUGUGUUCUGCCUUUUGGUGGCAUAACAAGGGACUUGCUCUCAUCUUCUGCGUUUUGCAGUCUUUGGCCCUGACGUGGUAUAGCCUUUCCUUCAUACCGUUUGCAAGGGAUGCUGUGAAGAAGUGUUUUGCAGCGUGUCUUGCAUAACAUGCGGCCAGUUUUGCAAAGCUUUGGAAGGCACUAUGGACGGAAGCUGGUGGAUGGUUUUGUAAAUAUCUUUGAAACCUCUGUCUUACAGACGUGUGCCUUUUAUCUUGCAGCAGUGUGUUGCUUGCAAGCUGAACAUUUGAGGGUUGCUUCUGGAACGAAUCAGCCACAUGUUCCCCAAUCUAAAUGUGUGUAGCACAAAGUGAGAGGUGGGUUCUGUAUCUUACGGAGUGGCCUGUUUCUCAUGCACCUCUUUCCUCUUUGGAUGGCGUUCCUCUGAAUUUCCCUAAAUAAAAACAUUGUUAAGCAGCAGCAGACAAGCCUUGGGCACCUGUGAUCCCCAGGUGGCGACAGGAGCCUCAUUGGAGCUGUCAGGGAUGCAGCAGUAAGGGACAGAGUGUGGGGUCAGCAGGGGCUUUGCAGACUUGUCGCUCAACAUGGAGACCAUCACCCUGCCUCACAGUGUGGCGUGCUUCUGCUCUGGUGUCUGAACAAGUGCUUCUGCCCCCCGGCCUGUGGAGGGAAGUGGAAGAGGAGCCCUUUUUGGUGAUCUGUGCUGUUUUCAGCCUGAGCCUGGGUGCUCUUGCUAUUCUGGUUCCACCCCCGACCGUGGAAUGUAUCUCCUAACAUUCAGUGCACACUCUUUCUCUUGGGUUUUUCUUUCUUUUUCCCCCUUCCCCACUUGUCUUUACUCCUGACCUCCUGGUACUAGAUUGAGAGGAACAAAGCAGUGACAGAAAACACUGCUGUUUCCUUUUGGACAAGAGCUGACAGGAGGUGAAAAAUCUUACUCUUCUCUGCUGUAUUUUUUCCCUUCAUUAUUUAUAAGCGUUUGCUUUUAAACUGAUUGUGUUUUCCAUCCUCCCCUGGAGUGGGGCCAGGGGAAGGCAGAGCCUGGCUGCGGGGCCAGCAGGAAGGAGGCCCGCCCGCCUGGUGACCUUUACACAGUCCUGGGUUUUACCCUUGAGCCUGUGCUGGAGACACUGUGGCUUGCAGGGUGGUCAUACCCCCGCCUGAGGCCUAAACGCAGACAGAGCACUUUCGUGUCUGUGAUCUUAUCUGGCCCUUCCAAGGCCUUGUGAUGAAGCAGGGCUGUUAUCCCCUGUGCCGUCAAGGAAAUCAAGGCUCAGAGAGGUCACCAGCUCUGCCCAAAGCCACAGUUGGUGGCCGAACCGAGCCCAGAGCUGGGGGGCCCGGGUUAGUCUCCUUCACCACCCUGUAUUUCCUGUGUGGCUCUGGGGUGCCUCCUGCAACUGUUUUCUCUGUUCGUCAGCCAGGCCUGUGUCUUUUCGGGUCCCAGUCUCUAUGUCACUGCCGUGUCUCCCCCCAGUCUCCCUUUGGGAAGCUUUCUCCUGGCUCUGUAGGAUCUCCGUUGUUCCCUUCUGUUCCUUUUUAGCUUGUUCCUGCUGCCUGACUGUCAUAAAUGCCCUGUCUUGGCAUUCCAGGACCUCCGGAGUCCCCCUACACAUGAGAUCUGGGUUUGCCUGUCUGCUCCUUACCCAGGGCCAGCUGGUCUGCUUGGGCUCUUGUCUGGGGACCUCCAAACCAAAGGCAGGGUCUACCACCUGUCUCCUUGCCUGUGGCUAAUUGCUGAAUGCUUUCUCCUGCUGUAGCUGAGAGCUCAGACUGGCCAGCUUUUACCUCUGAGCUGGGGAGGCGUGUACAGGCGUGAUGGGGCCAGAGUGCAGAGCCAGUCUGACCAGGCCCUUUGUAGGCUGUUGAGGGCGGCCUGUCUUAUACUGAGGUCCUCCCCUGCCUUCAGCCAGGAAGGGAAAUUGUAUGCCACCCUCUGGCUUUUGUGGCUUCCUUCACAUCCCAGGUGCCUCUAGGAGAUAGCUCAGACCUCAGAAGGGCUCCAGGAAGGGGCCUGAAGGAGGUCCGGAGUGCUCAUGAUUCCGCUCUGUAGAGCCAGUGUGAGGCCAGCCUGGAGUAACACGCCAGCAAAGCUGAUCCCUCUGUGCCCUUUUUAAUGGCUGGACUUGACUUUGUGGGACACGCGGCUGAGGUGCCUUUUGAGAUGUCAGCAGAGCUGUGUGCAUAGUGGUAGAGAGUGUGGGCUUUGAAGUCAGACAGACCUGGGUGUGAGCUGUGGCUCAGCCACAUAGUAGUUCAUGGGGAACAAGUUACUUAACUUCUGGUGCCCAGUUUGUGCAUCUGUUUAAAGAUAAUGGGGACAACAGUUCCUGCUGGAUCGUUGCAGGAUGUCAUUGAGCUGUUUCAGGUGCUUGGCUUGGGGCCUAGCACAGCUAAAUGAUAUCUCAGUAAAAGGUAGGUGUUAUUAUUUAAUCCCUGAAAUAAUUGAUGACCUUUGAAGGUGACAGGGUGACCGUCUCUGACCAUUAAUAUAUGUAAAAAAAUAUUUAUGUAGUACUGUGUGUCCAGCAUAUGUAGACAUUGCCAUGCGUUAUCUCAUUUAAAAUAAUCACAGUAACUUUGCUGGGCCACUGGUCUUGUCUCCAUUAUCAUGGGGAAGAGCCUCAGAGGGUCGGGGGUCGCUGCCAGACCUCACCAGUAGAGGGCGUCGGUUCUUGCACAGAAGCUCCUGCUCUGCCCUCAGGCCUGUGGCCAGUUUGCUCAGAUGGCUCCAGUCAGGACACUUGGGCAGCCUUAUCCUUUCAUUGCUUCCCUGCUUGUUUUUGUCUGCUGGACCGUGGGAGGAAGAGCUCCAGACAAUCUGCUGAAAGCUGUCACCAAGCCACAGUGCCUGCUGGCUGAGACGAGGGUGGGGAAUGGGGCUUUUAGACCCCGUGGCUGUACUGGUUUCUGCUCCUUGCCUCCCCUGCCCUCUGUCCUGCCCUGUUCACUGCUGGGUAAAGGGGAGAGCGUGGCAGUUUUGGAGGGAAGGGAACCAUUGAGGCGACUCUUGCAGACGAGAAAUGUGCUCCCCUCAGGUCACGCUUCCAGCUGGGCAGAUCGUUGGCCCUGUGAUCACUGUAUUGGGAGCAGCACAUGCCCGGCCCGUGCCCUGGCCCUCUCCGCUCCUCGCAGCCCCUCCGAGACUGCUUGUUUGAUGUGGCUGUCCGUCCGUUUGCUAGCUGGCUGCCUCCCUUCUGCUGUCGCACUCUCUCGGAGAUUCCCCUUUGGCCAAAUGUGCUCAGGGGGCCCUGGUUCUCCAGCUCCUCUGCGUGGCUGUGCCCCUGGCCACUGCUGCUCAGCCCAGGCUGGAGUUCCUUCUCUCCCUCUCGCAGAUGGCUCUCUUGUCUCUGGGAAGGAUGAAAUACUAUCCCCAGUUUAGGAUUUUCUCUGGGUUGAUUACGUCAGUGCUUGGAGCCUCUUUGCAUCACUUUUGUGUGGUGACUUUGUGGGUUAUCCACCUGAGUGACACCUCCUUUCCACCCUAAUCAGUGUAUGCUCAGGGAGCAAGAAAUAAAAUGAAACGCAUCUAAAUAAAAUUACUUUUGGAUACUUCCAUUAGAAAAGAUAGUUAAAAAGUGGGUCAUACCUUAAAAAAAAAAGGGUAUGGGGUUACUGGUUUGGCUGCUUCUGCUUUUGACAGCUCUGUGAGAGUGCAGUUAUUGGAGCAUGAGGGAUGAGACUCCAUGGGAUGAAUUGGGAAAUGGAACUGCAGCCCUGUGAUUGGAUUUCCUUCUGUCCGGGGCAGCCCACCCCAGGCCUGCUUUCUCUUCUCUUUCCUCACAUGACUUCUGACGAGGGGCAGCUGCAGGAUUACAGAUACCUUAAAAUUCACCACCUAUCCUUAAACCUCAUUUUCAGCAAAAAAAAAAAAAAAGAAAGAAAAAAUGAGUGUUUAAGGUUUAUAAAGCCGUUUUGCUAGAUUCUUGGCGUAGUUCUUUCGAUUUUAAAAUCCAAGAUUUUCUUUUAUAAGUUUUAAGAUGUACAGUAGUUUCCUUGCAAAUAGCAUUUUUAAAAAAGCUAAUACACCUUCAACUGAGGUUAAAUACAGCUUGUGUCUGUGUAACUCAUGAUAAGACAUUGACAAAAGAGUUUAGAAGUUUACAUUUUUUGGAAAUUCUUAUUUAAAAACUUGGUUGAGUGGUUAAAUUAUGUGGCUUUAUAGUACCUUAUAAUUCAUAAUUUUAUGAAAUUCUGAGAUCUUGAGAAUUUUUAGUCAGAGGAAAGUGCUGUACCGUUUAUUUGAUCCCAGUCCACUCAAGAUAGGGUGGUUAGUUCCAGUUUUUGUCUAUUUCCAGUUCUACCCCAAAUGCAUAGGUGACAGUCCCAAGUCCCUGGUACACUUCAGCUUUGCUCCUGGGAGCUCAGGUUCUGUUGCAGAAACUCACAGAGCACGGUGAGGACACUCACUGCAGAGGGGGUGAGUGGAGCCCAGGGAGGCUGACAGGAGCCGCAGAGCCUUUGUUCAUAUAAAUUGACAGAAUCAAAUCACAUCCUCCCUAGCAGGAGCUGAUAAACUGAUAUGGGCUUAGAAGUGUACAAAAUAUUCCUAUAGACAUAAGCAUUUUUUGAAACCAGGGAAGAGUGAGUUCACUAGACAGGAGAAACAUGGCUAUUUGAAAUGAAAGGUCAGUCCAUAGUGUUGUAGUAAACCAUUAAUACUGAUGUAUAAAUUCACGGUAAAGUGGUGUCACUACAGUUAAUAAACAGCACCAAAUAUAUGUAUAUACACACAUAUAUAUAUAUCAUGGACAAGAAUUUCCUGAUCUAGAUAGGCUGCCUAAACUUAACAUCCUUGUGAGGCAUCCUGUAAGACGAAUUGGAGACUGGUAUCUGGGCAGGACGUUGCUCUGUCUAUUGGACUCCAUUCUCCAGGAACGGAUAAUGAGCCUUACUCUAAAUACAGAUGGACCUUGUGUUUGUGUAAAUGUCCUAAAGGAGAACCAUAGUUUACAUUCAGUCUCAUGGUCUUUCUGCUAUGAAGUGUUUAUUUUGCCUUUUUCAGUAUAUUUGCUUGACUUAGCCUCUUUGAACAAGGAAAGGAAAAAUAAAAAACCCUUUGAACUCUGAUCUUUUGCUGCUUUUGUAGAUUCUGAUUGUGAAGUUGGGGGUGAGGAGGUUCAAAAGCCCAUGGGGAAUUUAUCUGCCUUCAGAACAUUGUGCCUGUUGUAAUAUGAUGAGCUUUUAAAGUUUAAAGUUUUGUUAAAACAUGUAUCAAUUUUGUAAUUGUAUAGAUACUCAGCUAAUUUUGAAUGCUGCUGAUUGCAUAACUGAAUUUUUUACAUCCAAAAAUAUAUUCUUGUGUGCUGCUUUUCCUCCCUUGAGACUCUAUUUCAUACAAUAAAGAUUGUUUUGUUUUUACUAACUCAUUUCAAAGAGAAAAAAUUUUGCUGGUAAUUAAGUUGCUUUUCCCCCCAAAACAUCACAAAACAAUUCUCCCUUUUUUUUGUCAUUGUUUCCUUCUCCAAUAAAUGAUAGCAUUGCGAGCUUUACUAAA